GCUGGGCCGCAUUGAGACAGUUGGCGGAGUCGUGUGGCCAUCGCGGGAGAAGGGGGAUCCGAGGAACGCCGGUUUUCCCGAAAUCUUACGCCCGCCAUUAGUACUGCCCGCAUGGUACCGAGUCCUCACUAAGCGGCGGCGGCGAAGCCUUAGGGGCGGCGCCGCGGAGGCGGCUCGGGGUCGAGUCUUCCUGUAGCCCAUACUUCCUCCUGCGGCGGCCGUCUCGGCGGGCGGGAUGGCGGCGGCGGCGGCCCGGGGGAGCGGCCGCGCAUCUGCCCCCUGGCUGCUUCUGCUCCUGCUGGUUCCGCUGCUGUGCGUUCCAGCUGGGGUCCGGGCAGUCCCGGACGAAGACCUUAGCCACCGGAACAAGGAACCGCCGGCGCCUGCCCAGCAGUUGCAGCCGCAGCCCGCGGCCGCGCAGGGCCCCGAGCCAGCCCGGGCUGAGAAAGGACUCACACCAGCAGCCCCAGUUCAUAACAAUAAAGAAGACCCAGAUACCCAGACAAAUUUGGGAUUUAUCCAUGCAUUUGUCGCUGCCAUAUCAGUUAUCAUUGUAUCUGAACUGGGUGAUAAGACAUUUUUUAUAGCAGCCAUUAUGGCGAUGCGCUAUAACCGUUUGACAGUGUUGGCAGGUGCUAUGCUUGCCUUGGGCCUAAUGACGUGCUUAUCAGUUUUGUUCGGCUAUGCCACCACAGUCAUCCCUAGGGUGUAUACAUACUAUGUUUCAACUGCAUUAUUUGCCAUUUUUGGCAUUAGAAUGCUUCGAGAAGGCUUAAAAAUGAGUCCAGAUGAAGGUCAAGAGGAACUGGAAGAAGUUCAAGCAGAAUUAAAGAAAAAAGAUGAAGAAUUUCAACGAACCAAACUCUUAAAUGGACCAGGAGAUAUUGAAACGGGUACAAGCACCACGAUACCUCAGAAAAAGUGGCUGCAUUUUAUUUCACCCAUCUUUGUUCAAGCUCUUACAUUAACAUUCUUAGCAGAGUGGGGCGAUCGCUCUCAACUAACUACGAUUGUUUUGGCAGCUAGAGAGGACCCCUAUGGUGUAGCAGUGGGUGGAACUGUGGGACACUGCUUAUGUACUGGAUUGGCUGUAAUUGGAGGAAGAAUGAUAGCACAAAAAAUCUCUGUCAGAACUGUGACAAUCAUAGGAGGCAUCGUAUUUUUGGCAUUUGCAUUUUCUGCACUAUUUAUAAGUCCUGAUUCUGGUUUUUAACAAACUAUUUGUUCAUUUGUAGUUAAAGAUAGGUCACUCUUGUGUUUAUGUACAUAGUGUACAUUAUAACUAAGUAAUAGAAAAUAACUGUACUUUGUAGCAAUGAGUUAUUAUGUCCAAAAGAAAUAAUCAUUGAUUCUAUUUGCAACAUGGAUUUUUAAAAGAAACCUGAUGUUGUAAGUGUGGAUUUUUCUUUUCUCUAGCAUAAUUAUGUUAAUAUGGUCUCCAUUUUUGAGAGUGUUCUUGACUUUUUUCAGGGGGGCAGUGUAUACAGAACCAUUGUGCAGUGGAAUCUACCACUUGAUUUUCUUUCAGCACUGACCCCUUUAUAAGGAAUAUACAUUUCUUCUUGAAUCACUGAGAUAUUUUAAGAUGUUUAUCUUAAAAUUUUUCCUGGGGGAAGAAUGAAUCAGUUUCUAUUUUUAAAGUAUUUACCCCAGCCAGUAAGCAGUAGUUUAAAUCAUGUCUUUUCAAAAUGAGGGUUUUUAAAAAAUAAAUAAAAGGCAAGAGAAAUGAAUUACAGUCAGCUCUCCAUAUCCAUUGGUUGGCAUCCACAGAUUCAACCAAGCACAGAUGGAGAAUAUUUGAAAAAAUGUUACAUUGUUGCUGAUAUACUCUGUAGUUAGGCCUGCAAUAGGCGGUUGUGUCUGUACUGAACAUGCACAGUCUUUUCUUGUCAUUAUUCCCUAUAUACAGCAUAAUAACUAUAGCAUUUACAUUGUAUCACGAAUUAUAAUCUAGAAAUGAUUUAAAGUAUAUGGAUGUGCAUAGGUUAUGAAAACACUACGCCAUUAUAUUUAAGAGAUUGGAGCAACCGUAGGGUUGGGGGAGGGUCAUGGAACCAAUCCCCCCUCAAAUACCAGGGGAUGACUGUACUGUUAUAUCAAUAAUAUGACAAGAAUUGUUUGCCAGGUCCAUUCUUCUUUUUUAAUUGGGUAGGAAACCCAAUAUAAAAACAGUCAAUAUUUGACAAUGUGGAAUUACCAAAUUAAGAGAGAAUACUAUGAGUGUAUUCAUAUUUUUUCUAUACUGAAUAAACAAUGUAACAGAGAUACAAUACAAAUAAAAGUGGUAUGACCUGUG